CCCCCCUCUCUCGAAGCGGAUCUGGAGGCGACGCUGGCGACCCCCACCUCUCUCCUCGCGCUAGCUCUCCACCCCACCCCUCUCUCUCUGUCUCCCCACCCCUAUCCUUCCUAGCGCGAGUGGCCGGCGCCCCAAUCCUCUCUUGGCAACAGCCAAUCGGAGGCCAUGGCGGCACUGGCCCAUGCUAUGGGCGAUGGUGCGGCAUCCUGGCCUGGCGGCGGGGCCGCGGCUCCACGCGGUGUAGGCGGUGGCCACCGUUCGGCCGGGCGCAGUGGCAGACCUCCGCGACCUGGCGCUGCCCCCACCCUAUGGCCAGGUGCAACGACGGGGACCUCCUCGUUCUCGGUCAUGCUGCCCGCUUAGUACUGCCCCCAGGUGACGACGAGGGCCGAUGGCGUGAGACGAUUGAAUUGAUCGGUAAGAUCAGAACGACACAUUGCUUCCCAUCUGAAUCGUUAUGCGCAAGGGGGUUUUGCGCGCAAAAAUCCCUUUUAAGCUGCGUGAGAGAUUCCCACCUUUGAUCAAGGGUUUACGACGAAAGUUCGCAAAUUUCACUGGACUCAACCUUUUUUUUAACACUGAUGAAGAAUCGGAUUUACUUUUUUUUUUAGAACAUAGAAUCGGAUUUACUCGGAUAAGGAGUUCAGACUGCUCGGACUGGGCCGAACGGUGGGGUUACGCCCGUUGCGCUGGCCCAACAGAAUUGGGGUGCGGGUGCGUAGAGUCAAAAUCAGCAAGAUUAAGGUUUAGGCUUCAGCUUCAGCUUUGGAUGCUUCUAACAAUCUCAAAAGCACUUCUUUCGUUUAUAAAUGAAGCUGAGAAGCAUUUUUGUGAAACUGAGAAACACUUUCGAACGUGCAUGCUUCUCAGCUUCACGUGUAAACGAAUGUUUUUUGAAAUUUUAAAAGAUGGAGCAGAAGCACUAAUAAACAGUUCCUUAGCGCCAUAUAGCGGCUCGGUCGCGGUCCAAGUCCGACGUCCAAGAGAGACCGGACGGCCGCAGACCGCAGCACUCAAGCCCACAGUCAUCACACGCCAACGGCACCGCCCAACGCCGAAUUCGAUCGUCGGCGUUUCCCCCCCUCCCUGCGUGGCCGCGUGCGUCCUCCACGGAAACCACAAAGUCAGUAUGCGCCACCGGGACCCGCGAAGCAGAACUGAACCUCCACAAAAUCGUUUGCCUCCUCAUCACCACCGCUUCUCGCCGCCUGAGAACCCUACCCGCCUUGUCCCCGACCGCGUUCCAUCGCCCCCUUCGCAAGGUACGGUUUCCUUCCUCCACGCCGCAGCAAUUUUUUUUAUGUACUCCGUAUUUGUUUGCACACAGUAAUGUGUCUCAGUCGAAGCCGCAUCAGUGUGCUGCUCAUUAUAGGUAUCUGUAACCAGCGUGAUUUUUUUUUAAUUUUUUUGUUGCACUUUUAUUUCCGCGUUUCCACUGUUUAAUUCGGUCGGAAUGUCGAUCGAGCUAGUACAUGAAAUCGGUUUAUCUGGGUCAAAAUUUUGCUGUACCAAUUGGGCCCCUUAGUACUACUGUGGAAAUCGCGUCGUUAUUUGCAUAACUUGCCUUGUUGAACAGUUGAAGUCUUCAGCAGUCAUCUCACAUAGUCACAUCUCGGUGGUCCACAUGGCGUGAUUGGGGACCCUCAGCAGUAUGGCAGGAGGCAGAAGCAGAAGCAGGAGAUGUUGGAUUUGUAUUAUAAUCAUGAUCUCAGGUUCUGGAAAUGGGCUGGACUGGGCCAUGAGUGCUGAGCCUUAGAAUGAUUUUGAAAUGUCAAUAUCUCAAAGAACAUCUCCCUCUUCACGCCUGGCCCCCUGACUUUGACUCCUUUGGCCCCCUUUAUAGUUUUGUUCCUUGUUUCUUUCUCUUUCUUUUUCUUUUUGAGUCCCCUUGGGGCUCCUUUGUUGCCUGUUUGUACUUGCGCUUCUUGCGCCUUCUUCUUAAUGAAAAUGACACGCUGCUCGGCGUGUUCGAGAAAAAAAAAAUCUCAAAGAACUUGUCAUACAUUGUGUUCUUUCUGAGGCAAAAUUACCUAAUAGGCGCAACCUUCACCUCACUUGAAGAGCUCAGAAACAAUUGGGGUUUCAUUUUAAUGCGGCUGAUUCUACACCAGCUUAACUCUAUCCUAGUUAUAUGUUCUGAAGUCUGAACCAGGUGAUUUGAUGAGGUCUAUUUGAUUUCCAUUGCCUGACUGAGUUCUCAGUGGAGCUGCCAUUAUAUUGAACUAUCAGAGAUGUCUGUUUGUAACCAUGAUUCCAGUCCCAAAUGCACUUCCAUUUCUGGGAUAUCCACCAUGUUUUCACAGAGAAAAUUUGUUAAGAUGCAACAUUUGAUCUCCUGUGCAAUUUUUGGUUGAAGAUCUUUGGAGAGCCUUUUAAGGUGUUUGGUAUUGUGGUGGAUUCUCAUAAUCUCGGUUGCCCCGCUCACUUUCCCUAUUCUAUUGUUUGGUCAAUUAAUUUCUUUCUUUUCUCAUGUGUAUUUUCGCAGAGCGGAUAUUAAUAUAAAUUCAACACAACACAAUUUAGCAACAGAAAACUGCAAGUUGACAUUGCAUAUUCUGUAUUUCACACAAACAAAAGGAGAGGACUGCCGUACAUCUUCAGAAAUGAUAGGUUUGUUGUUCAUAGAAAAUGGGUCUUUAGAUGCUACUUCUUAUGAAUUUUGUGCCAGGAUAACGCACAAUAUCCAUAGAAGUCCAGUGUGGUUCAUUCCAUUGACUGAUGCCUACAGCUCCUGGUUGCAGAAGAUUUUGGGGAGCACAAAGUUAAUGGUCAGGGAUUGUAUCACGAAGUUGUUUCUUUUCAUCUUUGUGCUCCAAGCUUGCUAAGUUAAUUUGCUUCUCUGUGCAAGUUUCUUUCUUUUUAGCCAAGUGCAUAUUACACAGAAAUCGUGUCCUCAGAGGGGUGAAAGGCAUGAGAAAUCUGUGCACAACUCAGACCCCAGGAUCUUUCGAGUGAGUAUAAAUGCACCUUCACUUCACCGCACCACACCGGCUUCUUUCACAUAUACUCGUUGGCCCUACUUUAUCCAAAGUGUUAAGCACUAAUAAGUGUUGAUUAACAGGCAACUUUGUCAAAAAAUAUAUUCUCAUAACAGAUAGUGAUCCAUAGCAUUUCCAAACAGAGUGAAACGGCAAUGCUAAAAUUAAAUUUCUACUUGAGGAGAAAUCCUUUUAGUAUUUGGUGCAUGACAAGGCAAUGAUGCUGACCUAUUAGCUAUUUAGCUGGGGGUAAGGAUUAUCUCAAACAAGCCCCAUUUCCUGGCCCCCAAAAUAUACUUCUAAGCAUUUACAGCAGAAAGAUGGAUGGAUCAUGGACGCGUAGAAUUGCUCUCCCUUUUGUUCUUAGAAAAAGAAGUCUUGUGUUCCUCCUCUUACCUCUCUCUCCUCAAUGAUCCUUUUGCUGAGAGUACUUGCUGUCCCAGAAGCGAGGCCAGAGGGCACCCAAUGAGGGAUGUAAGGUGGUUACGGGCAGUAUAGUAGGCGACAGAAAUCCUGACAGAGAAAAGCCUACCACAUCUUUCCCUAUCCCUUCUCUCCUCUCUUUUCAUCAUCUCUCUCUAGCCUGUGAAAACUGAAAAGGGAAACAUGCUCCUAGGGCAUGUUCAAAAGGACACAAUAUCUUCUUCGGGGUACAGUAGUGGAUGAAACUCCAAGGGCGAUUCGAUUUGACAGUGUGGGAGAAGACAGACAAGAAAGGAGGCAACGUCCUAUCAUAUGCAGAGUUCUUCUACUCAUUGUCAUGGUGCAAGGUGAAGAGAGUUCUUGGAGUAUGGCAAGCGAUCGUGAUAGAGCUGUACCAUUCGGCCAAGCACUUGCAUAUGGAAUCCAAGGCCAUGCUCCCGCUGCACCACCUGCCAACUUCCUGGAGUUGCAACCUGCAGCCGCUGCUUACUUUGGUGAGUUGGGGGAGGCCCUUAUCCAUGGCACCUGUGCUGGUGUCAAUCCUGUCAUGAUCGAAGGUGAUGCCCACACGAAGUCAGCAGCAUAUCUUGCAGCUAGGCCCCCCACACUGGAGAUCUUCCCUUCUUGGCCAAUGAGUCAUCUACAGCAGCCGUACAGUGCAAACUCGCAGUCAGUAGGGAGCACUGACUCGAGCUCCGCUCAGAACACAAUGUCACAGGCCGAGUUGGUGUCCCCAGUUAGCAUGAGGACCGACUGUGGGCAGCAGCAGGAGGUGUUGAUGGUGACCAUUGAUGAUUACAACUACAAUCAAGGACUUGGGCCGGCAGCAGCAGCGACAGUUACUGCGCCAAGCUUUCAGCAACAUGCAGGAGGCCAAGAUAAGAGGAAGCAUGGAUCCACAAGAAAAGAUGACAAACUGUUAGAUCCCAAGACAGAAAGGCGAUUGGCUCAGAACAGAGAAGCUGCAAGAAAGAGCAGGCUGAGGAAAAAGGCUUAUGUUCAGCAGUUAGAAACAGGACGGAUUAGGCUUCAGCAAAUCGAGCAAGAGCUUCAGAGAGGACGUUCACAGGGUCUGCUCAUCGGAGGAUGCAGUGCGCCUGGAGAUACGAGUCCUGGCGCUGUGAUGUUCGACAUGGAGUAUGCCCGUUGGUUAGAUGAAGACAGUAAGUACAUGAUAGAGCUUCAGAGUGCACUGCAGGCCCACAUCCUCGAUGGGAACCUUGGCACCAUCGUUGAAGAAUGCUUGCGGCACUAUGACGAGCUGUUCCACCUGAGGGGUGUGCUCGCUAGGUCCGAUGUUUUCCACCUGAUGACUGGCAUGUGGGCGACACAGUCCGAGCGCUGCUUCCUCUGGAUGGCUGGGUUCCGUCCCUCAGAAAUCCUUAAGAUGCUGACACCGCAGCUUGAUCCACUGACGGAGCAGCAGCUGCUGGGGAUGUUUAACCUGCAGCAGUCAUCGGAGCAGGCUGAGGAGGCGCUGGCACAGGGGCUUAAGCAGCUGCACCAAUCACUGGCCGAUGCAGUGGGCGCUGGUCCUCUCAACGACGGUGCAGAUGUUGCCAACUAUACCAGUCUCAUGGCUCUAGCGCUUGAUAGGCUUGACAACCUUGAGAGCUUUUAUCGUGAGGCUGAUAAUCUGAGACGGCAAACCUUGCAUCGCAUGCGGCAGAUUCUAACCACCAGACAAACAGCUCGGUGCUUUCUCUCCAUCGGAGAAUAUCAUCGCCGCCUCCGUGCUCUCAGCUCCAUAUGGGCGGCCCGUCCUCGCGAGAACUUCAUUAUGGCGGAGAAUGUCAGCUCUACAGGAACAGAAUUUCAGGUUCAUCAAUCUCAGCAAAAUCAGUUUUCCGGCCUUUGAAGCAUCCGCAGGAGGGUACAAAUUCGGCCAACAAUGUGUGGAGAUUGUAUUGUUUUUUUUCCUCUAUCGUUAUUAAGAUAUUGGCCGAAAGGAAUAUCACUAGGGUAAAGAGAACAGCAAGUUGUUAGGCCAGCGGAAGAAAUUGGUCUGGCUCUCUUGAUAUGUUCUGAUGGCUCUUGAACUGAAUGAAGGGUUAGCACUUUGCAAGAAAUUUGGUGCAAA